AUGCUGACAAAUUUUCCCGGGACUAUUGCAUACCUGGACGAUAUUUUGGUAGUCGGUAGCUCAGAGGAAGAGCUGACUCAAAGACUGGACCAGGUUGUGGACAAUCUGAUCGACUACGGCCUUAAGAUCAAUAUGGAGAAAAGUGAAUUUUUGCGGAAGGAGAUCCACUAUCUCGGGUUCAUAAUUAACAAGAAUGGGCGUGCACCUGACCCAAAGAGAGUGAAGGCAUUCCAGAACAUGAAAGUGCCGAAAAACACGAAAGAGCUGCAAUCGUUUAUGGGGUUGGUCAGCUACUGCGGCCCCUUCAUCCCUGGUUUGCACAGUUUAGAACCUCCACUCAGCCGACUUAUGUGCAAGGACGUGGAGUUUGUUUGGUCUCCAGCAUGUCAAAGGGCAUUUGAUGCCAUAAAGACAAAGAUAUGCGACUCGACUAUGCAAUCGCACUUCGAAGCUGACAAAGAGACCACUGUCCAGGCAGAUGCCUCUGAUUACGGUUUAAGCGGAGUGCUCCUUCAGAAGGACGCAGAUGGGAGAGUACAGCCAAUCAUGCAUGCCGCCAGGUCACUGACGAAGGCAGAACGGAAUUAUAGCCAGAUCGAAAAGGACGCACUGGCUCUUAUCUUCGCCGUACAGAGAUUCCACCUGUUCAUUUAUGACAGACCCUUCACACUGCACACUGAUCAUCAACCACUGAAGUUCCUUUUGGGUACUAACCGUGGUGUUCCCCAGAAGGUAGCUAGGAGAAUACAACGCUUGAGUACUAUUCUUCAAAACUAUGACUUUAAGAUCCAAUAUGUGCCCACUCAGAAAUUUGGAGCUCCGGACGCCUUAUCACGACUGAGUGAAGGCAACGAAAAUUAA